GUGGCGCCUGCACAUGCGCACUAGCUUCUGCUGGGGACAGUAAACGCGGCGAGCACCGAGGCGCUGUAUUUCUGUGUAAAGACAGAAAGGGAGCUUUUGUCUCGUACGCAGCACCAUGGCUUCCGCUUCGAAGUCUUUCCUUGCCGACGCCGGCUACGGCGAACAAGAGCUAGACGCCAACUCCGCCCUCAUGGAGCUGGAUAAAGGUCUCCGAUCUGGCAAACUGGGAGAGCAGUGUGAAGCUGUUGUCCGUUUCCCCAGACUCUUUCAGAAAUAUCCAUUCCCGAUUCUAAUUAACUCGGCAUUUUUAAAGCUAGCCGAUGUUUUCAGAGUUGGAAACAACUUCCUGAGACUCUGUGUUCUGAAAGUUACUCAGCAGAGUGAGAAACACUUGGAGAAGAUCUUGAAUGUGGAUGAGUUUGUGAAAAGAGUAUUCUCAGUUAUUCACAGCAAUGAUCCAGUUGCUCGAGCCAUCACUCUCAGGAUGUUAGGUAGUAUGGCAUCUAUAAUCCCAGAAAGGAAGAAUGCGCAUCACAGUAUUCGUCAGAGCCUGGAUUCUCAUGACAAUGUAGAGGUUGAAGCUGCUAUUUUUGCUGCAGCUAAUUUUUCUGCUCAAUCCAAAGAUUUUGCUGGAGGAAUAUGUAACAAAAUCAGUGAAAUGAUUCAAGGUUUAGCUACUCCAGUAGACCUGAAGCUGAAGUUGAUCCCCAUCUUGCAGCAUAUGCACCAUGAUGCCAGCCUGGCCUCCAGUGCUCGCCAACUGCUUCAACAACUGGUGACAUCCUACCCUUCCACCAAGAUGGUCAUUGUUACUUUGCACACCUUUACCUUGCUUGCUGCCUCCUCUCUAGUUGAUAUUCCUAAGCAGAUACAGCUCUUGCUGCAGUAUUUGAGGAAUGACCCACGAGAGGCUGUAAAGAGGCUUGCUAUCCAAGAUCUAAAAUUAUUGGCAACUAAAACUCCACAUACUUGGAACAGAGAGAAUAUUCAGGCACUUUGUGAAUGUGCCCUUCAAACUCCUUAUGACUGCUUGAAACUAGGCAUGCUCUCUGUACUUUCCACACUGUCGGGGACAAUAGCCAUCAAGCAGUACUUCAGCAUUGUUCCAGGAGUGACAGCUACUACAGCAAGAUCAUCUGAUCUAAUCAAACUGGCACAGGAGUGCUGUUACCACAAUAACCAGGGCAUUGCUUCUCAUGGAGUACGAGUUCUGACAAAUAUAGCUGCUUCCUGCCAGGAAAAAGAUCUUCUGCCACUGGAGCAAGAUGCAGUCUUUGGCCUUGAAUCUCUUCUUGUUCUUUGUAAUCAAGACAGCAAUCCAGGUACUCAAGCAACUUUAAAGAGAGCACUCAACUGCAUGGUGAAGCUGGCCAAGUGUCGCCCCCCUCUCAGCCAAUCCAUUGUUGAAUCCUUGUUGACACAGCUGCACAGCACUCAAGAUGCUGCCCGGAUUCUCAUUUGCCAUUGCUUGGCAGCCAUCGCCAUGCAGUUGCCUGUUUUAGGAGAUGGAAUGCUGGGAGACCUGAUAGAUCUCUAUAAAGUGAUUGGACGGUCAGCUUCUGAUAAACAACAAGAGCUUUUGGUCUCUCUUGCUACAGUGAUAUUUGUUGCUAGUCAAAAGAGUUUAUCAUCUGAUGUAAAAACUGUUAUCAAACAACAGCUUGAAAAUGUCUCCAAUGGAUGGACAGCUUAUAGGAUAGCCAGGCAAGCUUCUAGAAUGGGUAACCAUGGCAUGGCCAGAGAGCUCUAUCAAAGCUUGCUGACUCAGGUGGCUUCAGAACACUUCUACUUCUGGCUGAACAGUUUGAAGGAGUUUUCCCAUGCAGAGCAGUGCUUAACAGGGCUGCAGGAGGAUGAUUAUAGUUCGGCACUGUCUUGCAUCGCUGAAUCACUAAAAUCAUAUCACAAAGGAAUAGCAUCCUUAACGGCUGCCAGCACACCGCUUAACCCUUUGAGCUUUCAGUGCGGAUUUGUCAAACUGCGGAUUGACCUUCUUCAGGCUUUCUCUCAGCUCAUCUGCACCUGUAAUAGCCUGAAGACUAGUCCACCACCUGCCAUUGCCACAACAAUUGCCAUGGCCUCAGGUAGUGACCUCCAACGGUGUGGACGGAUUUCCAACCAGAUGAAAUUCUCCAUGGAAGAAUUCCGGAACCUAGCUGCAAGAUACGGAGAUCUUUAUCAAUCAUCCUUUGAUGCAGACUCAGCAACUUUGAGGAAUGUGGAGCUACAACAGCAGAGUUGUUUAUUGAUAUCACAUGCAAUUGAAGCUCUAAUUUUAGAUCCUGACUCUGCAAGCUUUCAGGAAUAUGGUUCUGCUGGAGUGGCACAUGUCACAAGUGAAUAUGAAAGAAGAAUGAUGUCUGUGUUCAGUCAUGUGCUGGAGGAAGUGGAAUCACUGAAUAGAAAAUACGCACCUGUAUCUUACAUGCACACAGCUUGUCUAUGUAGUGCAGUCAUUGCCUUGUUGAAAGUCCCCAUGUCGUUUCAGAGGUAUUUUUUCCAGAAGCUACAGUCAACUAGCAUUAAGCUUGCUCUGUCACCAUCUCCACGUAACCCUGCUGAGCCCAUUGUAGUUCAGAAUAACCAACAAUUGGCCUUAAAGGUAGAAGGAGUAGUCCAGCAUGGCUCCAAACCAGGCCUUUUCCGCAAAAUUCAGUCUAUCUGUCUAAAUGUAUCUUCAACACUGCAGAGCAAAUCCGGGCAAGACUACAAGAUGCCCAUUGACACCCUGACAAAUGAAAUGGAGCAGAUGGUUGAGCCUCACAAUGAUUACUUCAGCACACAGUUCCUCUUGAACUUCAUCAUUGUUGGUACCCACAGUAUCACAGUGGAGUCUUCUGUUAGAGAUCUCAAUGGCAUUAUAUGGAAGACAGGACCGAAAACCACUCUCUUGAUUAAGUCUCUUGAAGAUCCAUAUUCACAGCAAAUUCGACUUCAGCAACAACAAGGACAGCAGGCACCACAGCAGCCACAGUCUCAGCCUCAGUCACGAACUGCAUAUUCCCGCUUUUAGUUGUCAGUUAUUAUCCACGUGAAAGGCAUCCCAUUUGUUUUGAUGCUGUCAUUUAUCUCACUUAUUCUCCAGGAUGGCUACCUUUCUUUUUUCUGGGUCAAUACAUGUUCUCAUGCGUGCACACACACACUCACACUCUUGUUUUUUGGGGGCUCAAUUCUCGCCUGUAAAAUGCAGAGUGAUCCUGGAUAGAGCCAGAGCUAUGUCCAUGUGGCAGACUAAUUGAAUGAGAUGGUUCUCUUCAGAAUUCCAGCAAUGUCCCACUAUGUCACUUAACAUGUGGGGAAAUUGCUAAAACUGAGUGAAGCCUUAGUUGUGUUUUUUAAAAAGUGUUUUUGUUACUCUUUUCUAUGUGGAGAGGCAAUGAAAUGAAUUUCUCCUAAAAUGUUGGCUUUGUCACAGCCAUCUUAUCCUACCACUGUGAAAUGCAUGUUUGGGAUGAUGUGAUGAGUUGAACUCGUCACAUUGCAUAAUCCAGCCAAUCACCUAUAACCUUUUCCAUAUAUCUGGACAUUUACAUUCUACCUCACAAAAAGUCUUGUGUGUACUGGUGCUUUACUGAACUUUCCCCAUUCAUAUAUCACCAGUGAGAGCUCCCUCUUGGAAAACACUGAGUCAUCAAGGAAGUCUGAAAGCUAUUUGGUUUACAUGGCUGCAUACUGGCUCUUUGAGCCAUUAAUUUACCACUUCUGGAGAUGCAUGAUUUCAAAUGCUGCAUUUGGGCUCUCACAUCAGGUGGAGAUUUAUGUGUGUAUCAACCUCAACUGUUCUCAGUAUUACACAAUGCCUCUGCAAAUGUAGGUUUGACACAAAUACCCAGACAUCAUCUCUGCGUAACUGUAAAUAAUCCCAUUAAAUGUUGUCAAGCU